AUGUAUUUCCUCAGCGGCUGGCCCAAGAGGCUGCUGUGUCCGCUGGAGUCCCUGGAGCAGCCUCUUCACAUCCAGACGGAUCCCCAGAGGGCUUUCUUCGCAGUGCUGUCCCCGUCUCAGCUGAGCAUCUGGUACUGCAGGCCCAGCGUGCUAAUCGUAAGCUACAAGGAACUAUCAAAAGCAGCUUCUCAGUUUGGCUCUUACAAACAAGCAGAAUGGCGGCCUGACAGCACCAUGAUAGCUGUUUCAACUGCAAAUGGAUACAUCUUGUUUUUUGAAAUCCCAUCAGCAAGAGACAAGUAUCUUUAUGAGCCUAUGUAUCCCAAAGGAAGCCCGCAUCUGAAAGGAACCCCACAUUAUAAGGAAGAACAAUGUGCUCCUUCGUUAAAUCUAGAAAUGAAGAAAGUGCUGGACUUGCAAGCGUCUAUCACAAGUUUGCAGUCCACUUUAGAGGAUCUACUUGUUGCUACUACUGAUGGAUUUCUCCAUCUCGUUCACUGGGAUGGUAUGACCAAUGGAAGGAAGGCCAUCAACCUCUGUACAGUUCCAUUUUCUGUGGACCUCCAGUCUUCUCGAGCAGGUUCAUUUUUGGGCUUUGAAGAUGUUUACAUCAGAGAUAUGGAAUACUGUGCUACACUUGAUGGUUUUGCUGUUGUUUUUAAUGAUGGCAGAGUUGGUUUCAUUACACCAAUGUCAAGAAGAUUUGCUGCUGAGCAGCUUCGUGGUGUCUGGGCACAAGAUGUGAUUGAUGGAACUUGUGUGGCAGUAAAUAACAAAUACAGGCUAAUGGCAUUUGGAUGUGCCAACGGCUCUGUGCAGGUUUAUACGAUAGAUACCACCACUGGCGCCAUGCAGUUUUCUCAUAAAUUGGAGCUGACACCAAAACAAUAUCCUGAUAUUUGGAAUAAAACAGGACCUGUUAAACUAAUCAGAUGGUCACCUGAUAGCUGUGUUGUGAUGGUGACCUGGGAAUGUGGAGGCUUGUCCUUAUGGAGUGUUUUUGGUGCUCAGCUUAUCUGUACUUUAGGAGGUGACUUUGCGUAUCAGUCUGAUGGUGCCAAAAAGGACCCUCUAAAGAUCAGUUCUAUGACAUGGGGAUCAGAAGGGUAUCAUCUGUGGGUUGUUGAUGGGAAUUCUUCAAACGUGAAGCCUGAAAGUGGUGGAAUUAGUGAAGCUAGCCAAUUUGGUAUUCUGCAGUUUCAUUUCAUCAAGAGUGCACUCACUGUUAAUCCUUGUAUGAGUAACCAGGAACAAGUCCUCCUGCAAGGAGAAGAUCGCUUGUAUUUGAACUGUGGAGAUGCAACACAGGCUCAGAGUCCCAGAAAUAGUUCAGUGCACUCUGAAGAUAAGCCUACCAGGGAGAGAGGCCCAUUUUCAGAUGGCAGUUUAGAUUCUCAGGGUUUAAGCACUUUACUAGGACACAGGCAUUGGCAUGUUGUACAGAUUCAUAGUACGUAUCUAGAGAGCAACUGGCCUAUAAGGUUUUCAGCUAUUGACAAGCUUGGACAGAAUGUAGCUGUUGUUGGCAAGUUUGGUUUUGCACAUUAUUCUUUACUCACCAAAAAAUGGAAGCUGUUUGGAAAUAUUACGCAGGAGCAAAAUAUGAUGGUAACAGGUGGCUUAGCAUGGUGGAAUGACUUCAUUGUGCUUGCAUGUUAUAAUUUAAAUGACCAUCAGGAAGAGCUGAGAAUCUACCUGCGAACAUCUAAUCUUGACAAUGCAUUUGCACACAUCACCAAAGUGCAAGCAGACACGUUACUACUGAGUGUCUUCCGGGACAUUGUGAUAUUGUUCAGAGCAGAUUGUUCCAUUUGCCUUUACAGUAUUGAGAGAAGGCCUGAAGGUCUUAACACUACUGCCAGUAUCCAAGUUCUUCAAGAAGUGUCCAUGUCUCGGUACAUUCCUCAUCCUUUUCUUGUAGUGUCUGUUACGUUGACAUCGGUGAGGACAGAGACUGGCAUCACCUUGAAGAUGCCUCAGCAGGCUUGUGAGGCUGAAAGUAUUAUGCUAAACUUAGCAGGACAGCUCAUCAUGUUGCAAAGGGAUCGAUCUGGACCCCAGAUACGAGAUAAGGAUAAUAAUCCUAAUCAAAGGAAGCAUUUGUUUUUCUUUUUUUUUUUUUUUUUUCCUUUUUGUGCUCCAGUUGUCCUAGCCCAGUCUGUUGAAAAUGUAUGGACUACUUGCAGGAUCAACAAACAGAAACGCCACUUAUUGGAGGCUCUGUGGCUCAGCUGUGGUGGGGCAGGUAUGAAAGUCUGGCUUCCCCUGUUUCCCAGAGAUCACCGAAAACCACAUUCCUUUCUGUCAAGACGGAUCAUGCUGCCUUUCCACAUCAACAUAUACCCAUUGGCUGUUUUGUUUGAAGAUGCCUUGGUUCUUGGUGCUGUUAAUGACACUGUGCUCUAUGACUGUUUAUACACUCAAACCAGUGCUAGAGAACACUUAGAGGUUCUCUUUCCUUUCUCCAUUGUUGAGAGAACCUCUCAGAUCUACCUCCAUCACAUUUUACGCCAGCUCUUGGUUAGGAACCUCGGUGAACAAGCCUUGCUUUUGGCCCACUCCUGUGCCACAUUACCAUACUUUCCUCACGUACUAGAACUGAUGCUUCAUGAAGUGCUGGAAGAAGAAGCUACCUCGCGGGAACCCAUUCCCGACCCUCUGCUUCCCACUGUGGCGAAGUUCAUUACAGAGUUCCCCCUCUUCCUGCAGACAGUUGUUCAUUGUGCUAGGAAGACAGAAUAUGCCCUGUGGAAUUACCUUUUUGCUGCUGUUGGAAACCCGAAGGACUUAUUUGAAGAGUGCUUAAUGGCCCAGGACUUGGACACAGCUGCCUCUUACCUUAUUAUCCUGCAGAAUAUGGAAGUUCCGGCAGUUAGCAGACAACAUGCUACUCUCCUAUUUAAUACUGCCUUAGAGCAGGGAAAGUGGGAUCUUUGUCGUCAUAUGAUCAGAUUUCUCAAAGCCAUUGGCUCUGGAGAAACAGAGACACCUCCAGCUACACCAACAACUCAGGAACCUAGUUCAAGUAGUGGCUUUGAGUUCUUCAGACAUCGCAGCAUUAGUUUAUCCCAAUCAGCAGAGAAUCUCCAUAGCAAAUUUAACUUGACAAAAACACUGAGUAUGCCCUCUGGCCCAUCUGGAAAAAGGUGGAGUAAAGACAGUGACUGUGCUGAGAACAUGUACAUUGACAUGAUGCUGUGGCGGCACGCUCGGCGUCUGCUGGAAGAAAUCAAGCUGAAAGACCUUGGCUGCUUUGCUGCACAGUUAGGCUUUGAGCUGAUUGGCUGGCUGUGCAAGGAGAGAGCCAGAGCUGCCCGCGUGGAGGAUUUCGUGUUUGCGUUGAAGAAGCUACACAAGGAUUUCCUCUGGCCAUUUCCAGUCAUACCGGCUUCAUCCAUUAAUUCACCUUUCAAGAAUGGAAAGUACAAGACAGCUGUGGGGGAGCAGCUGCUAAAAUCUCAGUCUGCAGACACCUUUGUAAACAUGGAAAUGGACACAGGGAUUUCAAACACACCUCGGAGUCGCAGCUGGCUUGGCACUAUCAGCUCCUCCCAGAGAGAGAUUGACACAGUUUCGUCUCAUGGACCACACAUGCAAGAUGCGUUCCUUUCUCCUUUGCUAAGUAAAGGUGACGAAUGCAGCAUUGGUUCAGCAACAGACCUGACUGAAACAAGUUCUAUGGUGGAUGGUGACUGGACCAUGGUGGAUGAGAACUUCUCCAGUCAAAGUUUAACUCAGUCGGAGCUAGAACAUAUCUCUUUAGAACUGGCUAGUAAAGGGCCGCACAAGUCACAGGUCCAGCUGCGGUACUUGUUACAUAUCUUCAUGGAAGCAGGAUGUCUGGAUUGGUGUAUUAUCAUAGGCCUUAUCCUCAGAGAAUCUUCAGUAAUCAACCAGGUUUUCAGUAUAAUGCAAUCCUCUGAUAUUGAUGGAGAAAUCUGUCAGAAUAUCAAGACUGGCCUAUAUGCUGUUGACAAAUGGGCUUCUACAGAUUGCCCAGGGUACAAGCCAUUUCUAAAUAUCAUCAAACCACAGAUCCAGAAACUAAGUGAAAUAGCAGAAGAGCAAGUACAGCCUGAAGCUUUUCAGCCAGUGAAUCCUUCUAAGGUUACCGAACAACCGAACCCCAGAGCUGAGGAAAGCAGGACUUCAUCUAGCCAUGGCACUAAUCCUCAGAGUGAUGCUGGCAACAGCAGUGCAAGCAGGCACGAAGAGGACAGGUCCAAGACUGAGGAUGAGGAUUCAUUCCAAGAAGGCCGUUAUGACUGUACUGUGUCUUAA